CUCUCUGGUCGGAGCCACUGCGGCUGCCGCGCCGCUCGCCGAGCCGAGAGCGGUGGUCGGCGUCGAGGUGCCGGGCGCGGCUGCGGCAGCUGCCCAGGCCAUGCUGCGCUGCUGCGCGAUCGCGUGCUUCCCCGCCGCUGCCGCCGCGCAGCUGGCUGGCUCGACGAAAGAGGAGCAGCCGCCUCCCCUCGUAAUCGCGGAGUGCGCCCUGCAGGGAGGCUGCGAAGCGCAGCAGAGGGCGCUUACCCUGGACGCCAACUGGCGGUGGUCUCAUGGCCAGACAUGCCAGGGCACAGGCCCGGGCGCCCAGUGCUCCUCCUCGGGCAACUGCUUCACCGACGGGGUGUGGGACCGGGCCCAGUGCCCCGACCCCGAGUCCUGCGCCGCGAACUGCGCCCUGGAGAGCGUCACGCUCGACGACUACCGCAACACCUACGGCGUCUCUGCCGUGCCCGGUGGCGUCGAGCUGGGCUUCGUGCGCGGCCCGAACGUGGGCUCCCGCCUGUACGUGCUGGAGAAGCCUAACGAGUACAAGCUUUUCAAACUGCUGAACAAGGAUUAUGAUGUUCCAACCUACUUUCGCCUUGACCACCAGAAGGAAGACUUCGAGCACCCGGACCGUGCCGAAAUUGCAGGGUUUUCACGUGUCGGGCCCUGGGAGACACUCGUCCGACACUGUUUCGACACUGUUGCGACACUCCUUCGACGUUUUCCCGGGUGCUCGAAAUUGUUUCUGGGAUGUGGUCCUGAGUACGAUGGGAGCAACAUAAUACAAGGAGUUCACUUUCGAUGUGGAUGUCUCCACUCUCGCAUGCGGCAUCAACGGUGCGCUGUA